UAUUUAUAGGCUGAAGAUACCGCCAUGGAGUCGUAAAGCAUUCGUUAUUUUUUUUUUAUUCUGUUCAGCUGUAGUGGAUCCCAUUCAGUUCUUUUAUCUUGUUAAAAUUGCUUUAAUAGCUCCGUGCAGUGUGAAUAAUUUGUAUUCCCAAUUUGACUUGUUCCAACGUGGAUGCUUGAAAGAAAUGUGUCACAGCGCAGUAAAACCCCUCGCAAAAAUGAGGGAACAGAACGAAUACAUGUUCCAUUUUAUUGCUGUUACUAGACCUUCUGCUAUGCUUCAACAUCUUAUAGCCUCACUCGCCAGUAGAAGUUUAUGAUGGCUGCAAUGUGUUAAACAUGACGUUGGAUGGAGGUGACACAGGUGUUCUCAAUGAUGUAGGAUGAACACCAUCCCUUUUUUAGCUCCGUCCCAAAGUUUUUUAAAAAUACAGCGCAUACUUCUUUGCCAAGAAUCUUUCUCAACAACAGACAAUUUUAGCGUCAUGCAUGAAGACGCUUCUCAGUUGUCGUCCGAAGCGACAUUUGCUAACAACUUUUGGGGAGCCGACGACUCCGGAAUUGAUGUAAUAGCUGAUAAGCUACGCAGCUCCAAGCAAACUUGUGACGAGCUUCGACGUAUAUAUGAUACGAGAGCUCAGAUAGAAGAGGAGUACGGUGAAAAACUGUUAAAGUUAUCACAGCAGACAUUGGGUUCAGUUGAACAAGGCACUUUCUCUGAGUCUUUAUCGCAAAUCCCAAGCGCAAUGGAAGCUACCGCUAGAGCUCAUUUGGAUCUAUCAGAAAAGCUGAAGAAAUUCCUGGAAUUCCCUCUAGCUGGAUUUGUGAAGGAUCAAAAAGAUACUAGAAAAGCCAAUUUGUCUCAUGUCGAGAAAAGUCGUCAGUUAAAAGAGCUUCACAUGGCUAAUGUUGCCAAGGCGAAGGAGAUUUACGAAGAGGAAUGCAAAAAAUAUGUUGAUAUGCAGAAAUCGUUCAAUGAGACGAGGUCUAGCAUGACUCCAGCAGAAGUAGAAAAGACAAAGCAACAGAUCAAGGAUGUUCAAGACUUGAUGGGUAUGGCAGAGCAAGAUUACAAACGUGCUACGUCUGUGCUAUCCUCCAUAUCCAGCAAGUGGAUAGAAGAUCACAAAACAACCUGCAACGUAUUUCAAUCUAUGGAAGAGGAUCGGUUGAACUAUCUGCGAAGUUCAUUGUUUGCAUAUGCAAACUUACUUUCUAGUGUUUUCAUCAUCAAUGAUCAAGCAAGUGAAAAAAUUCGUAGUGCUUUGGAAUCGACCGAUGUCGAUAGAGAUAUCAACAACUUCGUCCAUAACAAAAGCACCGGUAACCAGUUGCCAGAACAUGUUAAAUUUGAAAAUUAUUUUGACACAAAUGCAGAAGCUACAGCCGUUCUCAACCAAGCUGAGCAACUUGAGCAACAGUUUCAAAAAGAGGAAGAGGAGAGACAGAAAGCUGCUGAAGAGCAACGCCAACGGGAUGCGGAUGAAGAAGAGCUGCGAAACGCCAGCCUGCGUCAAGCUAGUGAAGUUUCGGCACCUACUAUUGCUACAGCCGCCGCCGCCACUGCAGCUACGAAGGCUGAAAGUAGAAGCUCGCUAGAGUCAAUCAAUCGCAACUCUCGGCAACAGGAAGAAUUGCCUGUGGAUGAUUAUGAGCUCAAAUCUCACCAUGAAGCUAUAGCUAUCGCUCUUCACCAGGUUGAGACCAUGCUAGACGAUGUUACCUCACCAACAAAGGAAACUCGCCCUGCCUUGGGUGCUCCUGCUACCAGUCCGUCUUCUGAUCGCCAUUCUGCCAUCAUGUCGCCCAGUUUGAGAGACGAGUCUGUGAACCGGGCACCCAUUGCUGACUCUUUUGUGAAGCAAAGGUCUUCAGAUUGGUUUGGGGCACCAUAUGACAACCAGCAAAAUUAUUCGCAAGGUCAACAACCUCAGAUGUCACCGUCCAAUUCUUACACCAGCGAUACACGACACAGCUUUUUACCAAUGAUCAACCCUCAGUAUCUUCACACCCAGGAGAGAUCUUCUGAGCACUCUACCUCCCGCUCUUCCUUGGAACAACAACAGCAAUACAUCAACGGUGACAACGGUCCCAGUGUAGCAAAUGAGCAUUUACAGAAGCAAAAUGAGAAUUAUGCGCAAGCACCAGCUAACACAAAGUAUGAGGAGGAAGGAGAAGAUAGUGACGACAAUCAGCCUGUAAAGGAUGCACCACGUCCACCUCCAAAGGAUGAAAAAUGGGUGAUCAGCUCCAUUCGUAGACCCCAGCAGGUUCCCGUCCGAGCACAAAAUGCCAAAAUGUACGAAAGUGUUAGUAGCCCUGUCUCCGAGCCAACAUCUUUUGAUCAGACCUUCUCUACCAGCGGGUACUCUGAACAGCCAGAGCAAAGACAAAACAGUAAUUCUCACAUGAGAGAAGUCAGUGAAGUAAAUGAGCCUGAAUAUAAUGAUGAACAUGAUGCGUUCAGUCAUCGCCAUAGCAAGCAGCAACCUAAUCUCAAAAUUGCCAUUCCUGGCGGUCAAAAGCGAGAAUCUGUAAACGAUCAAAAGGACGUUGCAGGCAAAAAUAUCAACAAUAACAACAACGAUACCGUGAGCAACGUAAGAAACCAGCUUCACUUAUCAUCUCCUGAAAGUGACGGUACAAACGGUACUAGAGACAGCAUGAUGAGAAUGUUUGGCCGAGAAAAUAACGUUCCACCCGGUCCUCAGCAACAACAGUAUCCUAGUCAAGGCUCAAUACCUCCACCCCAAUCUAUGCACGAUAUGAAUAAUAAUCAACAAGGACGUAUGGAAGGGCAGACAAUGGGCAUUCGAGCACCACCGUGGCAACAACAAUCCGAUAGACAAAACGGACAUCCGCAAAACGGUAAUGAACAACCCAUGUCUCAAUAUCUGACCAGUUAUCCAUCGGAGGAUGUUGAACAACAGAAUGGAAAGCCGCAAAACAACGUUGGCAGAAUGAAAAGCGUGAGUGGACCCCGUAUGCCCAAUCAAAACUUAUCCAAGGGAAGCCAGUUGCCACCAUCAGAGCUACUCUCUAUGAAGCUGGCAGCUCCUGGACAACAACAAGAGAGACAAGACUGGGGUGGACCGGAAAAUAUGAAUGGACGAGGAAACAUGUAUGGACCAAACAAUGGUUACGCAUAUAACGAUGAACUCGAUGCCAAUAUGAAUACUGGUAAGCCCAACAAAAUGGGACCACUGGACAAGAUGAAGAUCGCCCUGAGAAAUCCUACCGAUCCACGAUGGCCAGACAAUGCCAGUCCCAACAUGGCGGACAAGGCUAACCAGCGAAGCAGCCUGCCAGCUGAGAAAGCCUCCUCAAACAAGGAGGGUAAAGGUGGUCGAUUCUCAUUAGCCAUCUUUGGAAAGAAAGACAAGGAAUCCAAGAAGCACAAGGAAGAUCGCGAACAAUAUCCAAUCUCUGGUUCUAGUUCUCUUGGAAGAGUGGGUGGCAACCAAUAUGCUAUGAACAAUCCUCGUCAAGAUUCCUUGUCAUAUCCCACCAACAAUCAGACUUUCUCUUCCAUGUCUGACAUGAACUCACCUUCAUGGCAACGUGAACAUCAGCAACGUGAGCAGCAUCAGCAACGUGAGCAGCAUCAACAGCGUGAGCAAUACAGUGAUGUCAGUGACCCUCCACGAACCUCACAAUCUCUAUCACAAAAAUCUUCUCUUCCACCAACCUCUGCAAAGGGAGGAGCAAAGGAAUUGGAUGACGGCACUCCUGUGCUUGAAUAUGCCCGCGCCCUUUGGAGUUAUUCUGCAAAGAUCCCCACCGAAUUGUCCUUCCAAGCAGGAGACGUAAUGGCUGUAGUCAACAAGCAAGAUGAUGGAUGGUGGGAGGCUCAAUCUAUGGCCUACCCUAACUUACAACGAGCUUUGAUUCCUGGCAAUUUCUUCCAAAGCAUUGCCUGAUUCAUUAACCGUAUCUACAGUAUACAUAUAACUAUUGUAGCUCCUUAUUACUAUUUCUUAAAGUU